GAGGGGGUUAGUAAGGCGGCGGACAGUCGAGCGGAACGGUCGCCGACGUCAACCUUAUCACUUCACUGCCAUCUUUGCCGAGAUUCAGUUCGCCAGCGUCCGCCGCUCGAGGAGCAUCUGAGAAAUUUUAAAAAGAUGAGCUGUCCCUACGCUGGAAGCGGAAACGAUCACGACGAUGCUGCAGUUCCCCUGUCCACGGAAGUGGGCAAAAUCUACGGGGAGUAUCUGAUGCUGGACAAGCUGCUGGACGCCCAGUGCAUGCUCUCCAAAGAGGAUAAGCGACCGGUUCACGACGAGCACCUCUUCAUAAUAACACACCAGGCCUACGAACUUUGGUUCAAACAGAUUAUUUUCGAGUUUGACUCCAUCAGGGACAUGUUAGACGCAGAGGUGAUUGACGAGACAAAGACCCUGGAGAUUGUCAAAAGACUGAAUCGGGUGGUUCUCAUUUUAAAGCUCCUUGUGGACCAAGUGCCCAUACUGGAGACCAUGACUCCUCUGGAUUUCAUGGACUUCCGUAAGUACUUGGCUCCCGCCUCUGGCUUUCAGUCUCUGCAGUUUCGUUUAAUCGAGAACAAGCUCGGAGUCCUUACGGAACAGAGGGUCCGAUACAAUCAGAAGUACUCGGACGUCUUUGGCGGUGACGAGGAGGCUCUGACCGCCAUUAGGAGCUCCGAGCAGGAGCCAUCACUCUUGGAGCUGGUCCAGCGUUGGCUGGAACGCACUCCCGGAUUGGAGGAGAGUGGCUUCAACUUCUGGGAAAAGUUCCAGCAGAGCGUGGACAAGUUUCUGGAGGCCCAAGUCCACAGUGCCAUGGAGGAACCAGUGGAGCGGGCCAAAAACUAUCGAUUGAUGGACAUUGAGAAGCGCCAGGAGGUCUACCGCUCUAUCUUCGACCCGGCGGUCCACGAAGCUCUAGUGCGGCGGGGGGAUCGCCGAUUCAGUCACCGGGCUCUUCAGGGCGCCAUCAUGAUAACGUUCUACCGGGACGAGCCGAGGUUCAGCCAGCCCCACCAGUUGCUCACACUGCUCAUGGAUAUUGAUUCCUUGAUUACCAAGUGGAGAUACAAUCACGUGAUUAUGGUCCAACGCAUGAUUGGUUCCCAGCAACUUGGCACUGGCGGCUCAUCCGGCUAUCAAUAUCUUCGCUCCACUCUCAGUGAUCGGUAUAAGGUGUUUCUGGAUUUGUUUAAUCUGUCCACAUUUUUGAUUCCCCGCGAGGCUAUUCCGCCACUGGACGAGUCCAUUCGAAAGAAACUAAUUAACAAGAGUGUUUGACGGGGACUGUAGGGGAUAAAAUAUGGAAACCGUCCUGAAGUUCCAAUCCCUGUCCCAGAUUAUUACUGUUUUUUUUUUUUUUGUUAAUUCUGUCAGAAAAGAAAUAUAUAUCACACACAUUA